CAGCAUCAUCCGCAUCCUCGCCAUUGUGUUGCGUGGCUCAGAUCGUCGCCAACACGAGCAGAGAACCGGCCGGCGUGCUGCACUCAAGCCGUGGCGUGCGUGUUGUGCGGCUCAUAAAGGAGGCCCGCGGCGUGAAGCAAGCACACCACCACAGCUGUCCACGGCGCCGUGAAGAUCGGCCUCUUCUCCCUUGCGCGUGCUCCCGUCCUUGACAUCCAGUGCGAAACAUCCACUCGCUGGCCCGCCGGGAACGUGAAACAGCGUCAUCUCUGCCAUCGAAACGUCGCUUUUGCUUGGCUCCCCCAGAACGCUACAUUAGCGCAAGGAGGCUUGCCUUGAACCAAAAGCGUUGCGCCGCCCUGGAUUUCUCCGCCCCAGCAAGCACGCUGAGCGCCUUUCUUACGUUUCCGUUCCCAACUUCACCUCCACCGUCCUCUUCUUCUUGAGAAUUAUCUCUAAACCAUCCGCUUCUCCCUCGUCCUUACGCUCUCUCUUGGGAACUCAUCGCCUUCCCCGGCCCCCCCAUUCUCCGACACCGACCUGUCCCGCUCGUUCUGUCUUGACAGGUCUCCAUCAUGGCCCAUUACGGAGGAGGCCACAACAUGUCCGACUACCCUCAAGGACGCGGCCUUCACGACGAUGAACAUGAUGCCGCUGGUCAGUCACUGCUGCAUGCAGACCCAACGGGCACCCGCGAGGGCCCCUUUGGCAACCAAUACGCCGCACAUCCCGACCGUCAGGCUACGCCGGACAUCAGACCCGGCUCAGCAUACAGCUUGACAGAGACAUACGCCGACCCUUCGUACAAUCAAGGUCACUAUGGCCAGAGUGGCUACUCCGAGCCCUCAGCGUACGACGUUCCGCCAAGAAUAGGCUCCCCCUACGACAGGAGCGAGACCAGUUCCGUGCAGGACUGGAGGAUGAGACAGCAGCCCGGUGGCGGCGUCGGCGGCGCUGGCGCUCUCAAACGCGGCAUGACCCGCAAGAUCAAGCUUGCCCAAGGUGCCGUACUUAGCGCAGAAUAUCCCGUGCCUAGUGCCAUCCAAAAUGCCGUGCAGGCCAAGUACCGCAACGACCUCGAAGCUGGCUCCGAGGAGUUCACCCAUAUGCGAUACACCGCUGCAAACUGCGACCCUAACGACUUCACGCUCAAGAAUGGAUACAAUCUGCGCCCAGCCAUGUACAACAGACACACGGAGCUUCUCAUCGCCAUCACGGCGUACAACGAAGACAAGGUGUUGACUGCACGUACUCUGCACGGUGUGAUGCAGAACAUCCGCGACAUUGUGAACUUGAAGAAGUCCGAAUUCUGGAACAAGGGCGGUCCUGCGUGGCAGAAGAUCGUCGUUUGUUUGGUCUUUGACGGUAUCGACCCUUGCGACAAGGGCACUCUCGACCUACUUGCGACCGUCGGUGUCUACCAGGACGGCAUCAUGAAAAAGGAUAUCGAUGGAAAGGAGACAACUGCACACAUCUUCGAGUACACGACACAGCUCUCGGUUACGCCGAAUCAGCAGCUCAUUCGCCCUCUUGACGACAGCAGCAGCACUCUUCCCCCCGUGCAGAUGAUGUUCUGCUUGAAACAGCGCAACAGCAAAAAGAUCAACUCGCACAGAUGGCUCUUCACUGCCUUUGGCCGCAUAUUGAACCCGGAGAUCUGCAUCUUGCUAGAUGCCGGUACCAAGCCAGGUCCAAAGUCUCUGCUUGCGCUUUGGGAGGCUUUCUACAACGACAAGAACCUAGGUGGUGCUUGUGGUGAGAUCCACGCCAUGUUGGGUCGUGGCUGGAGAAACCUGGUCAACCCGCUGGUUGCUGCCCAGAACUUCGAGUACAAGAUCAGUAACAUUCUGGACAAGCCGCUCGAAUCCUCAUUCGGCUACGUUUCCGUGUUGCCAGGUGCUUUCUCUGCUUACAGAUACCGUGCCAUCAUGGGCCGACCUCUUGAGCAGUAUUUCCACGGUGACCAUACCCUAGCCAAGAUUCUUGGCAAGAAGGGUAUCGAGGGCAUGGGCAUCUUCAAGAAGAACAUGUUCUUGGCCGAAGACCGCAUUCUCUGUUUCGAAUUGGUCGCUAAGGCCGGCUCCAAGUGGCAUCUGACGUACGUCAAGGCCUCGAAGGCCGAGACCGACGUACCGGAAGAUGCACCCGAGUUCAUCUCGCAACGUAGACGUUGGCUGAACGGUUCCUUUGCUGCCAGUAUUUACGCCAUGAUGCAUUUCGGCCGCUUCUUCAAAUCCGGUCACAACCCGAUCCGCAAGUUCUUCUUCUGCAUCCAGGCCACGUACAAUCUUGCUAUGCUCGUUCUCUCCUGGUUUAUGUUGGCUUCUUUCUGGCUUACCACGUCUGUCAUCAUGGACCUGGUCGGCGGUACCAUCGACGACAUCAACGCCCCAAGCGCUGACAACAAGAACAAAGGCUGGCCAUUUGGUAUUCGCUACUCACCGCACGUCAACUCCGUCGUCAAGGAUGUGUACCUCGCCUUCCUCAUUCUGCAGUUCAUCCUGGCUCUCGGUAACAGACCAAAGGGCUCGAGAAUCACUUACAUCGUCUCUUUCUGCGUCUUUGCCAUCGUUCAGCUAUACCUCAUCAUCUUGUCCUUCUAUCUGCUGGGUAGAGCCCUGAGCGGAAACGCCAUCACAACAGGCAUUGAUGAUCUCAGCAAGUUCUUCGCCUCUGAUGGCGUCGGCGUCAUCUUGAUUGCCGUGGUUGCCACCUUCGGUCUCUACUUCGUCGCAUCCUUCCUUUACUUUGAUCCAUGGCACAUGUUCACCUCGUUCGCCCAGUACCUGCUGCUCAUGCCGUCGUUUACCAACAUUCUCAACGUGUACGCUUUCUCCAACUGGCACGAUGUCUCCUGGGGAACCAAGGGCUCCGACAAGGCCGAGGCACUUCCAUCUGCGAAGACCGAGAAAACUGCUGACGGCAAGCACACCGUCAUUGAAGAAGUGGAUCUCGCGCAGGCUGAUAUCGAUUCUCAAUUUGAGGCCGUCGUCAAGCGUGCACUUGCUCCGCCAGAAAUCAAGGUUGAAGACACCAAGAAGAGCACGGACGAUGCGUACAAGUCCUUCAGAACGAAGUUGCUUGCAACCUGGAUUUUCUCGAACUUGAUCCUCAUCAUUGUUAUCACAAGCGAUACGUUUGACUUCAUCUUCCCGGCGUCUGCUACAGCGACGAAGAGAACCGCCAAAUUCUUCUCUUCACUCCUCUGGGUCACAGCUGCACUGUCGGUCGUUCGUUUCACGGGCUGUCUUUUCUUCCUCUUCAAGACUGGUGCUCUGCGUUUGACUAGGAGAAGAUAGAACGAGCCAACGAGCGAACCACGUAGGUGGCUUGAGCUGGACCACGCGAUUCUCGCGCGACUCUGGCCAAAUUCACACUUAAAUGGCUGUACCACCACCCGCUCACAAAAAUUUGAUGACGACCUGCUUCAUUAAUUUCUUUUUCUGCGUUGCUUUUUUAUCGAUUGUAAACCGUGUUGUCAGCUAUACAUCAUCUAUCAUCGAUAUCAUGUAAGGGCGCAACCACUAUAUAUGAGCUGGUUCGAGUCGCCAGGAUCAGGCGUUCUUCUUUCUCUGACUCUCUCUCUCUCUCUCUCUCUCUCUCUCUCCC